AUGCCUUUUCAACAUCCUUUUCAGGAAGCUCAGUUUGACAUUUUUGACUGGUAUCCCAAAUUCCGCGAAUGCCAAACCCACUUUAUCCAGCAUGCGCAGCACACCGACGAGGUGCAGGCCGUGGCCGCCUUUGUAAAUAUCCUGCUGCCCUUUCAAAAAGCCACGCCCCCUCGAAGCGACUCAACCGCGCGUGGUUUACCCCCCUCAUCAUCAUCAAACGACGACAACAACAACAAGAACAACACCACCGAGACGACCUCGACCAGCGGCUGCGGUAGCGGCGGUGGUGCCGUCGUGGCGCUCGUGCCCUACGUCCGCCGACUCGUCGCCACCGGCUUCGACACGCCUGCCGUGCUGCACGGCUUCUUUGGCGACGACUGGGCCGAGGGCGUCGGACCCAUGCACGACAUGGAGCGGCGCAACUUUCUCUUUGCGGCCAAGUCGGGGGACUGGGUCAAGGUCAAGUCGAGCUACGACGUCGGAGCCGGUCAGAUGGUGCCGUUUCUGCGACCGCUGCAGGGCGCGACCGAGGGCGAGAUUCAGAGCGCAGAGGCGAGCUGGAGCGAGUGGCUGGCGAUGCAGGACUGGAUGCUGGGACCGCGCGCGCCGAGUCACGCUGGAGCAGGUGGCUAA